AAAUAAAAGGGUCUGAAAUAAGGCUGACUGUUGAGUAAUAGCUCGAAGGGAUUCAGCUACUUAAGCUGCAGGGAGACUGAAUACCGGAUUACAUCAUAAAAUUUCUUUUGUCUUGCAAGGUAAGGUGACUGAAAACCUCCCUCAAAACUCCUUUUCUUAAUAUAAGUAAAAGAAAAACUCCAAAAGUUCAAGGCAUACGAAACUGGCGAAAAUCGAUAUUUAGUUGUUAGAGACUGAUAUGAGUGCUAAAUUAACAGAAAACAAACAAUAGCCGGGCAGUGAAAGAGUAAAAGAGAAUGCUUCUGCACGGUAAUCUUACCCAAUUUGGAAACGUUCUUUGCGGAGCAUACAGAGGGGCAAAAGCAGAAACGUCCAUACAAAGUAUCGUUCGGUCAGGCAAUAAACUUACUGAGGAAAAUACUAGGCGAAGUAUCGCUACUGUUAAAGAGAAGGGGAGUUUUAAAAAAAGGGAAUUAGUAACAAACACUGUAAAAUGCAAUGAACUAAAUCCGUUUGGAGUGUACGAGUUUAGGGUGAUUAGAAGGAAGAGCCCAAUUAUGGCAAGAAAUAGCAGCAACACUCAGGUCUGGAAUAAAUGUUAACCGCUUUCGGCCUGGAGAAAGGCCUUGGGAACUGAAUUGAGAGCGAACAUUUUUUUAGUGUCCUAAAACCGUUUUUUCAGGGCGACAUGUUUAAGAGCACCAACAACGAAGGCGUCGUGUCGUGUUUAAGAACGUAAACAACAAACUAAAAUGCCAGGGUUUACACAUUAAAAUGCAAUACGCGAUACAUAAAUAUGCACCAGGAAAGAAAUUGGAUUUAUUUCUCUUGCAUACUAAUACUAAACUACUUCGCAUAUUAAUCAGCGGUUUAUUUGGCCCUCUUUUCCUUUCUUACAAUCAAACCCGGGCUUGUGUUUGAAGACGGUUGAUUUGGAAUUAUGAGAUAUAUAGCCUCCCUAACCCUCCCUCUCCCCCCCCCCCCCCAAAAAAAAAAAAAACGGACAAACGAAUGUCCAGAUCCUGUCGAUCGGAUCUCGAGGUUGACCACUAAGAUAAAGCAGCGAAAGGAUUAAAAUCACCUCUUUUCAAGUGUCAACAUCAAAUCUUAGAGCCGUUUCUCCAAGAUAUUGAAAAUUCGGGAUAACUGAGGAAGACAAACCUAAACAAUUAUAGAAGCACAUGGUUUUCAGUUUUCAUUCCUGAUCAGUUUCUUUCCCAUAUCUUGUUUUUAGAGGACUGAACACGCACAGACAAGCUUGAAGUAUUAUGGCGGUAAGUUGAAUAUAAUAUGUUCUCUGAUUCUGGAAUCCAGAGUCUUGCCACAAAAAGGUUAAGUUGUAUUAAGUUGCUUGCCUUUUUUUUUUUUCAGUUUUUUACUCUUUGAUUCACGUGUGUUCGGUUUCGGUGAUGAACGGUAUAUUUUAUAUACGCAUAAUAUUGAUAUUACUAGUAAGAACCUGGUGGUUUAAGCUGUCAGACAUUUCCUAUUUUAACAACUAAAAUACUAAGUUAAAAACAUUUUAUGAGCUGUACCUGUUUAGCCAAGCAAGAUCAAGUAAGCUCUUUUCUGUGGCAUACAGUCAAAUUAUGACAAACAUUUUAACCACGAAGUUUGACUUUGAGAUUGGAAAUUUUAUAGCAGUCUUAUAUUUCCUUCACAGAAAAUAGAAACCGAAUUUAAGAAUUAAUCUUGUUAGGCUGAAUUGCGAAUCACUACUUAAAAAUACAGGAACCUAUUUCGCCAGAAGUCCAAAAAUGCAAGUUCUUACACGUGGGAAGGGGUUUUAUUGUUAUAAACGGGGAAGUCAUACAUGACUUUCUUGCUAAUUAUUAUGGUACCAGAUGCCUUGUUGAUGAACCCCUGAUUGACAAGCGUUCGAAAGCGGAGUAGAGAAUUCGGGUGCACCGGAAACGUACCGCUUGCAUGUAUACUCGCUCACCCUAUCCCAUAGGCUAGUCUUUUUUUACUUAAUAUCGCUCCCCUCCAGCUCGCUUUAUGACUCCUUUCUCCCGUGAAACUCGCGAGGAAGACUUUUGGAAUGCAUUGUGCUCCAAAUGUGAGAACGCACGUUUGUUGGGAAGAGGCACACAUCGGCAACUUUGACAAGAUUCAUGCACGUAUUCGUAAGAUUAUUGAAGCAGUUCGAUAACGUGACUCGUAAAUCUUUUCAGUUGACUUAGUCAUUACGCUAAUCAUACGGAUUAACAGAGGUUUUAUAUAUUUUGCAUUCAGUUGAUUGACAAGUUGCUACGUGAAUUCGCGAAGGAAAAUUUUGGUGAUCACGAAGGAAGCUAUUUCCCUGUUGUCCAUGGCCGAACCCAAGAUAUAAAGUUACUUACGCUUGUAGUAAAGAAACCUACUACAUCCGAUCAAGAAUGUGGAGUCAAACCGCAGAGGUACACCGUUCUUGCGGAAUUAGGAAGGUACGCAUCUGAGGAAAACGCUGAAGAAUUUGAGGCCAUGAUGAAGAAACACAUCGUAAAAGAAGACUGCGGGAUAUUACCAGAGGGUGAAAAUGAAGAUGAUAAAGGAGCUAGAAGGUAACGAUGGAACGAUCUUCCCCUUUUUAUUAGAAAUAUAUCUUCAUUUAAUGCUUUCAAGAAGGCUCUUAAAACUCAUUUAUUUCAGAAGGCGUUUCCCAGCUAAUUUAUUGUUUUUAUUCUCUUUAUUAAGAGGGAUUUGUAUAUAGGAUAUUAAAGAUAAAUUAUUAUUUUUAAAUUGUUAUUUUUACUAAUUUUUAAGGAACGAUCUGUAAAUUUUGUUUUUGGAAUAUGUAUUAGGAUUUUAGGAUUUUGUUGAGUCAAUGUUAUGCGCAGAUGAAAAUUUCUUUCCCUGGAUUGAUAUUUGCGCAAUACAAAUCAAUAAAUAUUAAAUAAAUAUUUUAAAUAUUAAAUUGACAGUAAUGAAACAUUACGCAUGGUUUAUAAAAAAAAAAAAAAAUUUUUAUGCUCUGAUCAGAUUUGGGGUACCUUGCGAGUUGAUCAGUCUACUUCGUUCUUCUUAGAUAACGCGGUAGGAAAGGUCAAAGCGACUGUGUUAUCAAAAAAAAAAUACUCAAUGCAAAAUCUGAGGAACUGAAAUCACUACUAGGUUACUGCAAUGAAAAGAAAUAUUGUAGAAACUAUCUGGUCCACUGAAGAAAUAUCACCUCUCUUGAUAAUCUCCGCCCAUUCAAGGAUUUUUCGGUUAUUUUUUUUUUACCCAGUAGUGCAGUACUAACCAGUUUUUCAUGUUGCACCAGCCUCUAAAAUCUCAUGCGAAUACUAAUUUGAGUUCUUUAAUUCAGCUCGGUAGAAAUUGGGGGAGACGCUGAUAAUUUUGGCAGGAAAGGGAUCACGAUAAGUGAAGAUCUGGGAUCCCUAGUGCUGGGAAGAAUUGAUCAGGAAUACAUACGUGAUCCGGACCUACGUGAAAUAUUGGCUAAAACGGAUGUGGACAACGAAAAAACAGGUGUUUUCGAAGGCCAACAAAUGAGCUUGAUAAUCUCAGUAAUUUUCAGUGAGCGAUUUGAAGUUAAAGGCAAGAGAAGGAACAAGGUAUUUUAUUGUCGGAAAACUAUUUUAUGGUAGUAAAGUAGUGAUGAAAUUAAAACGGUAACCUUUUUGCGCAGAAAUCUCAUUAUCUUACGCAAAACAUCAAGGACAAAGAUAAUUUCAUAGGCUUUUGUCUUUUCUCUAAUGAAUAAAUGAGGGAUCUACAAAGGGUCAAUAAUGCGUAGGUGUUCAUGUAUUAUUGCACAAGUCAGUGAGAUAGCUGCGCACUGAAAAGCGGUUAAUUUCAUCACUACUAUACCACUUUCAAUCAUAUCUGAUAUUAAAGUGAUGAAUAAGGGAGAAGAGGAAAGGAGAGGAUUUCUAAAAAAAUAAAAGUGUAUACACAAAACUACUUAGUGUUUAAUUUCAUUUUUACUUAUAAAUAAGCAAUCUUGCACGUUCGUGAAGCUACAAGUUUCUUUUCUUGUGACGGGCUGUACUGUUGUAGAUUGAGUAUGGCAGAGUGUGAAUUACAGUGGUCUCUUAAUAAGAAAUAAAAGGUUUAAGAUCCGGAAAGAUGCAUUACUAUAGACCCUUGCCUAGUCAAAGAUGUUUUCAAAAUUCAGCCAAAAAGUAAUCCUCAGUUUACAUUAAUGCUACCAUUCGGUGGACAAAGUACUACUCUAUCUACCUAUUUGAACAUUGGUUUUGAAGAUCGAAGGAGAGGCAGAAGUAAAUCCCCCAGGGGUGAAAGAAACAUGCAAGACGAUUGAAAUUCCUCCAAAUAUAGCAACGAGGCUGAACACUCGAGGACCAAUCCUGUUCAAGUGCUGCCGCGUUGUGUAUAACAAGGAAACAAAUCGAUUGGAACUCUCCGAUGAAGAGGUUGUUGGAAAAGAUUUUCUAAGAUGUAAAGAUGACGAGGAGGACGAUGAGAACGAUAACGGUAAGAUCAUAUACAUAAAUAUAUAUGUAUAAAUAUAUUAUAUAUAUAUAGAAAGGGAGGGGAUCGAGGGAUGACGCAGUGGUGAGAGCACCCAUCUCUCACCAAUGUGACUCGAGUUUAAAUCCCGGCAUCGUAGCCAUAUGAGGUUCUCUCCUUUGCUCCGAGACGUUUUUCCUUGGUACAUAUACUCCGGCUUUCCCCUCUCUGGAUCGAAAAUCAACAUUUCCAAAGUCCAAUUGCACCAGGAAUGUGGAUGUGCUACCUGUAAAUCGUUGUUUAUUAUUCAUUUAUUGAUUUAUUUUAUAACAAAGUAGAAAAUGGAAGUCAUUACUCUGAUUUGAGGUACGCAGUUGACCGCUGUUGUAGCUCGUCAGCCUAAGUAUAACGUGUUUAUCGACGUAAUUUGAUUGUAUAAUUGCACAAAUAGAUUGAAUUUAAUUAUAUAAUAUUUGCGAACAAUUAGUUAGGUUAAUCUAUUAAGUGCUGGCUUAUACCUCAAAAUAUAAUUAGAAAACUAUCUUUAGGUGCAGAUUCUUAAACAUAUAAGAAAACAUAUGACAUGGAAAGCAUUUAAAACAUUUUUGAGUUUGUAACGGGAUAAAGCUUUAAAUCACGACCUGAGGAAUAAUUCUGAAACAUUUUCUUUAUAUUGUAGAUGAAUUUUGGGGAACAGUGCACAUUGUUGCUAGAGUCCGAGGAAUAAUUCCGAAAUAUUUUGUUCUUAUCAUAGAUGGGUUUGGGGCACAGUGUACAUUGUAGCUAGAGUUGCCUCCUCUUUAUUUUCUUUCCAAAAGGUUGGGAGAUUUGUGUUUUGUUCAAGAUACGGCGUAGCAAUAUAAAUUUUUGACAGUUUUAUUAAAAUGAUAUCUUCUAAAUUCAUCCAACAGGUUUGUCUGAGAAAAAUGAAACUGGAACAAACGGGGCUGCGCAGGACGAGCCUUUGAAGUCAAGUGACUGACUUUGCUAUCAUCUUGAAUCAAUUUUAUGAUCGUAUCUCGAGUCUAACAUGUAUCUGUGAGGUGCGAUCAGGAUUUAAAAUAGUACUGUAAACAUAAAAAUGAAAUAUGUUUUUUUUACUUUACUUUCCAUCCCGGUCAUAAUUACUUGAAACUUUUAAGGAAACACAUGAGAGAGGGUACACGUGUUGCUUCUACCUCCUUCCUCUAAUAACACAGAUUGAAAGAUGGAGGGAGUGAGAAGGGGCGGGAGGGGGGGGGGUGGGUUUAGGGGGAGAGAUCUGUAAGGUAGCCAUCCAGCGAUUAUGAUUAUGACCGAGAUUGUGUCUGCUGAUGUUCAAUUUGUAAGAUAUGACAAUUGCAGAUGUUUGUAAAACGUUUAAAUCUCGUGAAUGUCUCUCAUGGCUGUUGCAUACUUAAACUUUGGUGCCACUAGUUCUGAGAGAUUCAAAGUUGCGUCAAACCAUCACGAUAAUGAAAGAUUUCUUAUUUGCGUAUGAUAGAGUCGUUUAGAUUUGUUGAGCGUGACUAAGUGUAGCAUAGCCGUUGCUAGUGAUUAAGAAAUUUUCGUUAUUGAACCACACUCAUGGCUUGUCGAUUCGUACUAUUGUUUCCUCGGUGGUCCGCUGAUCGUCAUUAUUGCGAUGACUGGUCCUUUGCUUUCACUCAUCUAGAAUCACCUGAUUAGAAGUCAUGUGAAUUAAUGAGGAUCGUAGAGCGCUUAAUAGUGAACUUACUCAAGAGGACGGCGGAGUAAAGAAGACAGCAAACCGUGUGUGACAAGCGUCGAAUGGUUUUGUUUCAAAACGCUCUUCGCCAAAUUUCCCCGUUUUUUAAACAGAUGUUUUGUCUGUGAACAUCACGACGGGUGUUAGUAAAACGCGGGGUCGGGGUCGGAGCCACCCUAACUUUAACCCUCACCCUAAAACAGCAUUAUUUAAAAAAAGAUAGAUCCCGACCCCGACCCCGACCCGACCCCGAGUUUUUCUGACACCCGAUUACGACAAAGACGUACGUUAUAGCCCUGCCACGUUUGUCACGCCCGAAAGUUUUCCGUUCUCUUCCAUUCUGCCAUCCUGUUACGUAAGCUGGCUAAUGCCCGGUGUUGGCAAGUAGGAACGGCGAGAUCAUAACGGUUUAUGAAUUAUGUUUUGGUUUUUCUAUUUCUUAAAUUGUAACUGCAGAAAUUGCAGAAUUACAAAGUAAGUAGAAUAGGUGCAGUAUUAGUUUUUUCUAAUCAGAACAUCCAGCGUUAACUAUAAUAUAUUUGGAGAUUAAAAGAUAUCAUCGCCAUUGACAGUGCCUCACGUGAUUGUGGCACUGUCUUUUCAUUGCGAAAUAUACUGUUAAUCUUUUGUAAGCCCCUCUUGGGUACACCCAUUCUGACCCUCUGAAUUCUGACUGCACCCAGUAAUAAAGACAAUCACAGCCAUUAAUUUUGCCCCAAUUAAGCGAAUAUUGGUUCCAGAAUAUGGAAAAUUUUUCCCUGUGGAAUCCUCAAUCCUAGGCUUUUAAAUCCGGAAUACAACUCAAGGAACCCAGAAUUCAAGUUCCAAUGACAAGGACCGGAGAUCCGUAUCUAGCAUCCAGAAUCCACAGCUUGGGAUUCCCUUACAACAAAUAGGGGCGAUCAAUUGAAGCACAUUAGAAGACACGUUCAGACCAAGUACUUUUACGCGGUGAUAACUUUAUUCCCUCUCACCAAAAAAAUUAUACCGUUUUUAGGAGUUUGAUUGAGCAUAAAGUCCCUCGCAAUCAAUUCUUUAUUGAAAGGGAAUCGUCGUUUCAAGGACAAUGGCCGAGAAAUAAAAAACCCAAAAAAUCAGCCUGUAGGUACUGGUAAGCUGUAGCCUGUCAUCAAGCAGGAAUUUAGGUAGCGCGAGAAAACAGCCGACAUUCACCGGCGCCACCACUGGUUUCCCCGCGAAAUGAUGACUGAGAAACGAGCACAGAAAUUUCAUAAUGAUGACGCAUUAUUAUACACAGAUCUUGGUAGUGCUUUUGAUUAGUUGAAGCCAAUUUCCCACGCAGCACGACGACCACGCGAGGGACCUAAAGCAAAAUCUCGUCUGCGCAUGCCCUCAUUAUAAAUGCACCGCUAGAAUUGAAAACUAAGGAAAUUUCGUUUCUUUUGAUGUAUAAUUUGCCUUUGUUGGAGAGGAGUUUGGCUCGAUAAAUAGAAUUUUAAAGUAGCUACUUAUAGUUUUUAGCCAUUUUCGUGUGUCUGCUCGGCAAAAUUAAAAAUUACAGGUCCAUAAAUAAAAGUUUAUUUUGUUUUUGCGUUGUGUUGUGGACACAUAUUUCAGUUUUAAUUUAAUUGAAAAUGUCUAUUUCUUCCAUUUGUUUAUUACUUGAAAAAUCAAUAGAGUCUGCGCAUGCCCUCAUUAUAAAUGCACCGCUAGAAUUGAAAACUACGGAAAUUUCGUUUGUUUUGAUGUAUAAUUUGUUUUUGUUGGAGAGGAGUUUGGCUCGAUAAAUAGAAUUUUAAAGUAGCUAUUUAUAGUUCUUAGCCAUUUUCGUGUGUCUGCUCGGCAAAAUUAAAAAUUACAGGUCCAUAAGUAAAAGUUUAUUUUGCUUUUGCGUUGUGUUGUGGACACAUAUUUCAGUUUUAAUUUAUUAAUUGAAAAUGUCUAUUUCUUCCAUUUGUGUAUUACUUGAAAAAUCAAUAGAGAUUACCACAUGUUACAUUUAAAAAUUCAAAGGAGCCUGAGGAACCCUUUUCUCUCCUUUUAAAACAAGUUUUGCUUAUGAUGUGAAGUAUAUAUGAAAUAAUUCAUUUUUGAACUGCGGUUGUAGAUGAAAGUGAAGAAUGAUCAUCGCAGUAAAUUUUCCAAUUUAAGCAGUUGGAAAGAAGAAUCCUGAAAAAAAUCAGGGCUUCAACGGGAUUCGAACCCGUGACCUCUGCGUUACCGGUGCGUUGCUCUACCAACUGAGCUAUGAAGCCACACAUUGGGAGCGAGGUCAAUUUAUUAAGUUCAUAUCUCCCGUGAGGAGUGAAAUGAUGUGAGAUAUAUAUGAAAUAAUUCAUUUUUGAAUUGCGGUUGUAGAUGAAAGUUCUUCUUUCCAAUUGCUUAAAUUAAAUUGCUUUUCCCUCUCCCUAGUUCCCCGCUCGACCAAAGGCCUGUUGACAGGCUAACCUAGUGCCGUAUGAAUGUACACGAGAAAGUGGAAGGAACAAUUCCUGAAUGUUCGUAGGUACUGAGUUGUUUCUCAAGUCAGACAUUAGGGCCAUUUAUACGUGGAAAAAUAAGACGCGUCUUACAUAAGACGCGUCUUAAAUAAGACGCGAACUUUCCGUAUAAACGGCACAUUUCGUCUAAAAUAAGACGCGGCUUAGCUAAGACGCGUCUUAUUAGAUAAGACAUGCUCGUAUAAAUGGUACAGUUCGCGUCUUAUUUAAGACGCGUCUUAUUUUUCCUCGAAUAAAUGGCCCUAAUGUUUCUGCUAGUAGCUGAUAAUAGAGAAAGUUGAUUGGUAGUGUUUUUGUAUUGAUAAAGAGAGAAAUGGGAUAAUCACGCGGUUUAGCAAAGUGAAUAAAGCGAAGAGCGCGUUUCUGAAGGACUAGAAAAUUUGUUUAGUUGUGAUUUGCUUGCUUGACCCCAUUCAACUAUACCGUAUCGAAGAUAGAGUGUUAUCAUAGAGUGAUAAAUGGAAAUAAGUAUGCUAAAGGGAACAAAAUGUCGCAAUUUCGAUAACAGCCCAACAGUUCUACUGAUUUUUUAAAGAAUUGUGUCAAUGUGGUUAUUUCAAGAAAGUAUACCAGAUUACCAUACAUGGAGCGAAUCAGUGUCUAAACAAUGCUUGAUUCAUAUAUAGCAAACUUUUUUUUUCCAUUUCGUGUUUUCGUUUUUUGGGUGAGUUUCUGUUUAAUAUUUUGCGAUAUACGUCACUCAGGCCUGGUGGGUGAUUCUGGUGGAUUUGUUUGUGUUUCCUUUUGGGGAUAGUGUAUUUCUGUUUGGGAUCUUUGUUUCUCAGUCCAGAUUGACGUUUGGUUAUCAUUUUCCGUUUUGGCUAUGUGUGUUUCUGUGCGGGGUUAGCGGGUUAUGUUUUCGAGUCUUGUUUUUUGUUUUUGUUCCUUUCGGCCACUAUAUUUAUGUACUAUGAGGUAAACAUGUCAUUGAACUUUCGUAACACGACAUGCUCAGCCAAUCAUAUCGAUACCUGAAAGCACACCCUCUCUGUAUUUUUUUUCGUAUUAGCUAAGAAACAAUACCUAUGAAAUGCACUGUCCCUUUUGCCUGAUGAUUUGGUUAAAUGUUCUUUUCACGGUUUUCUGAUGCUUGAGUUUGUAUGUGAACGAAACAUAACCGAUUCAGGUAGAAAAUAUUUAACUUAAUUUCUCUAAUUUACGUUUUUUUCUUUUUCUUUUUUGUGGCGGAUAAUAAUGAAGAAAUGAAUAUCUUGUUUUAAACUCUCAUAAGAUCCAGCCAUGAUCAAAGAAAGUGGUGAUCAGCAGUGGUCACUGAGUGAGAAAGAAGUCAUUAGAUAUGAAUGUAUUAAAGUUUUUAGUACACAAGAACCCUCAAGCAUUUACUGCUUUAAUAUUCAUCGUGUUUAAAUAAAGGAUAUUGAUUAAUUAAUUCAUUCAUUCAAGUCCUUAACACAUGAAAAUUGUGCGUUCUGGGAGAAUCUUUGCUGACGUCUUUGUUUAAAUUUUGUUGCCUUAUCGUUAAAAUUUUAUAAAAAGGACUAAACAAGAAUCACCUUUCAAAACUGAAAUACAACUCAACACAAGCAACUGCCAAUAUUGAAUGACAAGAUUGAAUAAAUAAUCUGUGCAAUUUUUAGCUUUUUUCAUGCAAUACUUAAGGAAGUAUCAGCCAUCCGAGGUACGCAAAAUUUCCGGGUGUAAAAGAAUUUAUUCGACCAUCAGCCCAUUUGUAAAAUUUUGACUUUUUAACAUCAUAUAUCAGAAAAAGAAAAAAAAAAAAAGAACCGAAAUUUUCGGAGAGAGUGUAAUUCAGCUAUUUUUUGUCACUAAUAGUUUAUGAAAUGACACUUUUAUAACUUUAUUAAAAAACUAGAAGAGUGUGCAUUUACGUCACCAUCACACUCCAAUAGUAGCAUUGCGUUUGCGCACAGAGCAGGAAGCGUCGAUACUCGAUACUUAACGCCUAUUGGAGAAAAUUAGGCGAGGGAAAGAUCAGAUGAGGGACCCUGGGAACGAAUUGAGGUAAAUAUUACUGAAUUCAGAAACUGUUCAUAAUUUUGUUUCAAACAACUCGAAGGAGAUUUCCUAAAGCAUCAGGAAUUAAUCAAUUUCUUCAGAAACAGAAAUUUCUUCCGUAAGGUAAGAUGACUAAAAACCGUGCUUGAAACAUCCUUGCUAAGAGGGAGAGCGGAACGUUUUAGCGUACACCACCCAAAACGAUCAAAAGCGAUCACUAAAAAAUCAAUAUUUUAGGGUUAAAGACUGAUGUGAAUGUCACAGCAUCAAAAAAAAAUUAAAGGCACUCACAGGCUUUAAUGUGUAAUAGAAAAAUAGAAGACUUCACCUAGCUGAAUGUGAGUUGGAACAUUUUAGAAGACUUUUAAUAGGAAAAGAAAUACACAAACAACAACAAAAUUAACAGACAGACAGAUAUCAGAACACUAACUCGAGCCAAUAGCUUAGAGUAUCUUAUAAGCAAGGAAAAUGGGGAUAAUUAGAUUCAAAACUCUGAAAAAGCUCUUUCUUUAAUGGCAGAUGUGUAAAUCAUCUAUGUAAUUAAGCGAUCAAAUGGUUUGAACUCUAAUUUAUUUUAUUUUGAGGUUACUCUCGUCACUCAGACCGUGUCGUUACGCGUAUUUAAGGUUUCUAGAUAGCAAGAUUUUUCAGUGGUUUCCGUCUUAAUAUCUCUUAAUCAGUGAAUACUUUGUGUAACAUCAAAUUUAUGUUGAAAACUGUGAGCAUUAAGCACCGAUAGGAACUGACUCUUUUGUAAAUGUCGCACCAAAAUUUUUAAUGUCAUUUCCUUAAUAUUAACGAAAUAUUGAUCAGGACCACAGAACCUGAAAAAUGUAACAGUAGAUAGAAACAUGGUUUUCAGCUUUGCUUUCACCUGAUUGCCAUAUCUCUAUUUUUAGAGGACUGAACACGCACAGACAAGCUUGAAGUAUUAUGGCGGUAAGUCAAAUUCAGUAGGCUCUCUGGUCGUUGCAUCCGUCGUAUAGCCCACAAAACCAUUUAAUGGUGGACGAAGAAACACUUUAUUUUUGGAUGUGCAACCUCUAAAUCAUUAUCUGUUUAUUUUUUUAUUUAUCAUUUCGUACCCCAAUAAUACUCGAGAUUUGUCCGGGUUCAGUCUUCUAAAAAUAAGAUACAGGGGCACCCAACGAGAACAUAGUUCAAAACCACUUAAACAUAGCAUUGUUAAACGUAUUUUGGUAUUUAAACGGUGGAUAUAGGCAUAUUUUUAUCCCCUAAAAAUUUUUCAUCUGUUCGGAUUUCCUAGCUGAAAGUCUAGUGAUUAAAUUAUAGGGAUCAAAACUUACCUUUUCGAAAAUUUCAGCCAGAAAAAAGGCUCCCGAAAAUUCUAGGUGACCUUUUUAGGGUAAAAAUCCGUCAAAAAUAGACAAUUAUACCAUUUUUUAGAUGUUCGAAAAUCCUAGGAGAAGCAGGCAAGCAAGAAAUUUUACAACAAAUGUUCCGAAAGUCUGAAGAUAUGCCAAGGAAAUGAAAACUGAACUGAAAACUACACGUUUCUAACCACUUUUAGGUUUUUUUAGAGUAACNAAGGCUCCCGAAAAUUCUAGGUGACCUUUUUAGGGUAAAAAUCCGUCAAAAAUAGACAAUUAUACCAUUUUUUAGAUGUUCGAAAAUCCUAGGAGAAGCAGGCAAGCAAGAAAUUUUACAACAAAUGUUCCGAAAGUCUGAAGAUAUGCCAAGGAAAUGAAAACUGAACUGAAAACUACACGUUUCUAACCACUUUUAGGUUUUUUUAGAGUAACUGCACUAAAAUGUGAGUAUGGAAUCCACAAAGACUUAGAAACGUUCGGCUGCGAAAUAUUUUUCAAAGAAUGAAUUUGUUAGUAAGAGGAUUUUGACAGACACCAUCCAAUAAUCGUACUCACGUACUAGAGGAAAGUAAACAGCGUCAUAUAUAUUAUGAUUUAACCGCGAACCCUUUGAGACCAAUCACACUUAAUGAAGCAUAACACCGUUCCGGAAAAUGAUCCCUUUAUAAAGCAAAGUGAAAGAGAGGUACCCACAGGCAUGUAACAUAAAAUGAAAUACAGUGCAAACCAUUUGAUCGCUUUCGUAAGCUAUGUUUACAUAUUUCUUAAAAUGCAGCUCUUCAUUGGUUUCUUGAAUUCCACAUCCUGGAAUCCGGAUUCCAGGUAUUAGAUUUUGGAUUCCAAUCGUUAGUAGAUUCUGGAUUCUUUGAAAUGUAUUCCAGAUUCCAAAGCCUAGGCUUUCGGAUUCCACAUGCAAAAUUUCCCAGAUUCCGAAUAAUACAAACAAAAUUUUGCAGUUUCCGGAAUCCGGAUUGAUUCCCUUACAGCAAAAUAGCCGAAUAACUUGCUAAAACGGAAGGAUUAAAGGGAAAAAAAAUCAUAAUAUAGCUCAAUGGAUUUAAAGACCUUUCGGUUCAUGAUCAUAUUCUGAAUCUCUGUCAAGAAACAGGCAAAUGCUUUGAAAUUUUAACGUUCUUCGAGGGUUAAGGGAAUUAAUCUGAAAGGAUUUUAAGAACUUUGGGAUAUUUGGAACUAAUAAUAAGAAAAGUUUUUAAUUCGGCUUUCAUAUGAUAUGAAAAUUAUACAGAUCUCGGAGAGCCUUAUCCACCGAGGCCGAAUUCAGUCAGUUAGCUUUGCACAAAGAGCAGGAAAUUUAAAACAUCAAUACUUUACAUUUAACUGUUAAUGGACGACAAUGUGGGACGGAGAGACGAGAAAUCUCAAUCUUGCACCCAGAUCUCAUUCAGUCUUACACUGAAAAGUGAGAUCUCCCUUUCAUUGACCCUGAGAGAUCUGGGUACGACAUAAGAGAAACGCUGGGAACGAGUUUGAAUGCAGUUCAGUAUGAUUUUUAUCAGGUAAUUCCAAGGAAACGUACCCAAGCUUCGUGGAGAGAUCAGACUCUUCAUAAACAGUUGUUUCUCCUAUCAGGUACGUGUAAAUUGGUUUAAAAACGUGUUUGAUACACAUUUGCUUUUCGAGUGCCAUCAAAAAACCAGGGCGUACCAACACGAUCAAAAUAUAUCGCCGAAAAUCAAUAUUUUGAGGGCCAAAGACUCAUGUUGUCGCUUUGCCGGCAUAAAUAAAAGCACUCAAUGGGUUUUCAAUGAUACAGAAAUAGAGAAUACUUCAUCAAGAGGAAAGUGCCCUAAAAAAGGAUUUGGGCACGACUGGUUGUGUGUCAAAAAUCGAACGAGUGAGAUUCCUGAUACAGAAAAAAAUGUAAUAAAGCCAUUCAGAAUAUGAACAGCUGUAUUUUGAGAAAUAUGUAGACAUAUACCGUAAAAUUCCGAAAUAAGCCCCGGAGCUUAUAUUUUUCAAAGGCCCUUUUUGAGGGGCUUAUUUUUGAAGGGGCUUAUAUUCGGAGGGGCUUAUCUACGGAAGGACAUUUGCGUUUCAAAAUCGAUUGGGCUAGCCUUAUAUUUGGAAGGAAAUUUACUGUUUUUGCUUUGUUUUGCUUUGUAUUUGAGGGCAACUUCAAAGUACAAGCCCCCGGGGGGGCUUAUAUUCGGAGGGGCGAUUUAACAGAGGGUUUUUUGCGUUACGAGUUUGGGGGGCUUAUAUUUGGAGGGGCUUAUACAUGGAGGGGCUUAUUUUCGGAAUUUUACGGUAUAUCUAUUUCAGUUUAUGUUACAUGCCUGUAGGUAACUCUCUUUCACUUUGCUUUAUAAAGAGAUCAUUUUCUGGAACGGUGUCAUGCUGCAUCAAGUGCGAUUGGUCUCAGAGGGUUCGCGGUUAAAUCAAAAUAUAAAUGACGCUAGCCUGCGAAAACAACCGUUUCUCCUCGCUCUUCGCCGCUGGGGACGUUUCGCGAGGAGGAACGUCUGCGACUCAGUGACAGAAAUUCCAUACUGAUGACGCAAAUCAAUGUUUACAUAAUGAAUCCGGUAGUCAUGGGGUUCCAAAUAUAAAUUUGUCCAAUUUUGCGUGUCUUCUGGUUGAUUUUAGUGAAGUGUUGUGUUCAUCUGCCAACGAGCUCCAGCAAAACUCAAACGCUUCUUCUAGAGAAGACUAUAUUCCAGAAAUAUUGACUGUUUUGUUAGAGAUUCUUCGCGUUUACAUUUGACCUUUGUGGCCUUUUGUCUAUUGUCUGUCAUUCGUAAACAAUAGCUAAAACAAUGUAACUACUCCGUCAACCAAUCAGCGCUUCUGACCGGAUUCCGGACAGAUUUUACGUCAUCAGUAUGGAAUUUCUGUCGCUGAGUCGCAGACGUUCCUCCUCGCGAAACGUCCCCGGCGGCGAAGAGCGAAGAGAAACGGAUGUUUUCGCAGGCUAAAAUGACGCCGUACGCUUUUUAGUUUCCUGUAGUACGUGAGUACAAUUUAGCGUUGGUGUCUGUCAAAAUCCUCUUACUACGGAAUUCAUUUUGGGAAAAUAUUUCGCAGCCGAACGGUUCUAAGUCCUUUGUAGAUUCUAUAGUCACAUCUUAAUCCAGUUGCUCCAAACAAACCUAAAAGUGGUUAGAAACAUGUGGUUUUCAGUUCUGUUUUCAUUCCCUUGCCAUAUCUUAUUUUUAGAAGACUGAAACCGGACAAGCCUCGAGUAUUAUGGCGGUAGGUGGAAUAUAAACUAUUAUUAUAUACAUACGGAGAAAUACUCACCAAAAACCUAUGUCGUAAAUUUUCGUACGCAAAUUAGUUCUAGCCAAUCAGAGGAGCGAACGAUGGUUUUCACACGUGAAAAAAAAUGAUACGUCCAAUCAGAAUCGCGAACGAUGUUUUUUCACGUGUGAGAAAAAUGAUACGUCCAAUCAGAAGCCACAGAGGUGUGUGAGUUUCGCGCGAAAAUUCCCGCCUUUUAUUGCAGCUUGCAGCGCCGCUUCGCACACAUUCAACGAGAAAAGUUUUACUCAAAGAGUUUUUCUUGCUAAAAAAGUGAAAAACAUUUCGGAAAUGGAGUGGAAUAGUUUCUUUUGUUUCACUGUCGAUAAAGAAAACCGUAGAGAGCCGGCGAAACAACAGCGGAGAGGGAAAAACAGAACGAGACGUAUCCUUUUGUUGUGCUUUUUGUCGGAGCUACUUUGCCUUUCAUUUAAGCUUAAGCUUAUAUUGAAACCGGCCAUUUUACGUAAAUUCACUCAUUUUCAAUUGUGCAUUGAGAACAAACAGUUAAGAUUACUUAUAGUUCUUGGAUUACCUCAUAUCCUUACCGUCAUUUAUGCUUUUAACAAACGUUUUUACUAAAAAAGCUGAUACUUCGUUUUCGUUGUCAUUUUGCGUUAAGUGUGUAGCGGCAACUUUUAGCAUUUUUGAACGAUUUAAAAUAAAAAGGCCGCCAAAAUGAUGAAUGUGUCAGUAUCUAUAUAAUAAACACAAUACCACAUGGAAAGUGCUUUGUACGGUAUUUACGCAUUCGUUGCUUUUGUAUCAAAAAUCUUACUCGUUGCGCGCUCACUUGUUCGAUUUCUGAUAGGUCAACAACUCGUGCGUAAAUACCGUACGCCAGCACUUUCCAUGAAGUAUUCUCUAUUUCUCUAAGCCUUGCAUCCCUGAGUCUAUUAAAACGAUUAAUUUGUUUGCACAAAAGUUUGAACUUUUUCAUCUGAUUUCCAAACACUCAUUAAACAUUAAUUUUCUUUGUAUUUCCUUUAAGAAUUAUCAAUGAAUUUGAGAAAGAUAUUUAUCUAACUCCUCCUUCAUUUCAGUUUUUAUUAUGCAGGACCAAAUAUCAUUUUUUCUUUAUUUUUGUACAUUUGAGUUGGUUGAAUACUUGCUACGAGGAUUCUCUAAGGAAAAUUUUGGUGAUCGAGAUGGAAACUAUUUUCCUAUUGUCCAUGGCCAUACCCAAGAUGUAAAGUUGUUUUGGGUUAGCACAAAAAACGUAUUUUACGGCGCAUUUUGACGUUGUCUUGUAGGGAGUUUAAGCAAAGACAACAGCGACGGCAACGAGUACAGCAACACAUCAAUAGGUUUAGAUUAGCAAAACAAUAACUUUUCACGUGCAUCACACUUUUUUGUACAUUUCCUAGCCGUCGUUGCACGACUACAACGUGAAAGUGCCUGAUUUCACGUUUUGUCCAGGACGGAAACACAAGACAACUCUCCUUUUCUUUUCCUCAGAACUUUGAUACAGUCCUUUAGAAUUCAAUUUAAAAAAAUUUGCAAACCUUUGGAGAAUUAAACGAGAUGGAAUAAGCGCGAUAAAGUUUCAAGCAGCGCGAAUUCACUUUUUAAGUGACGUUUUUGUAGUCGUCGCCGUCGUUGUUGCUUAAGCUCCCUAAAUUCCUCUCAGCCAUGCAUAUAGCGAUAAAAGAUAGUUGGUUGAUUAAUAAAAUCAAGAAGUUGGCUAGCACAUUAAUAAAACUUAACAAUAGCAGUGAACCAUGAUGACGCCAAUUAUCGUUUAAAAAGGAACUGGAUCCGACAUCUUGGAACCGUCAUGUUGAAUUAAUUAAAUGUAUUCCAUUUUACUCAAAAUACGUAUAUUUAAAUCAAGGUAAUCAUGAUAGAUCGUGUAUAAAAGGAUGCUUACAAGGAAGCAUAAAAAAAAUUCAAGUUUUGAAAUUCCAAGAAAAUCGAACACUGAUGAAAAAUGAACCAAGCAUCUGCCAUUUAGUUAUGUUACAAUCAUGUUUUUUUCUCUCAAAUUAGUCAUUAAAAUUCCUGGAUUACAUCAACAGUUGUGUCAAAUUUGACAGGAUAAUGCUAAAUAAAGUGUAAUAUAAUACUUCAAAAAGUAAAAAUUGAAAUAAAACUUUUAUAAAAUAGCAGAUUUUGAAAAACAAAACUUGGUUGCCAUGGAAACGUUAAAAUUGACGUGCACGUCACGACGACUUUGAAAUGUUCCCAGACAGGUUUUAGGAAAAGUCGCUAAACUUGCUUGGUCAUAGCUUGAACGUCCGCGUGGCCAUGCGAUUUCCCGCCAAAUAACCUCAAGUUGCUUGUGUUAAUUGAGUUAUUUUACAUUGUUAUGCUGGCGGUGCUGACGGACGGUCGGACGGACGUAUUGUCACGUGAUUUCCAAAAUUUCUCGGAUGGAUGGAUUACCAAAUUUUCUUAGGUAUGAGCUCCGCUAAGAUCACCCCAUAGUUAACUUGUCGGCUUUUAAGUAAUUUGGUGCGGUUACAGUUAUCAUAUCUCAUUGAGGCAAAUGCACUGAAACACACACAACGCACAUGCGUUGUAGAUAAAAUCUGUUCUCAGGUUAAGCCAGAAUUCCCUCGGGUGUCUGUAAAACCCAGAACAGGUCCGGAACACCCUCAGAACACCCUGCAAUAGCCCGGAACAGCCCCCUGAAAGAAAAAAAAUGAUCGCACUGUCGACCUCAUGUUUGUUAGUCAGAUGACUAUUUCGAGUUACCGACGGAAAAGAAGGACUCUUUACCUUUUCUUUGAAGGGUGAAGAAGAAACUCAAACCUCUGCAUCAAUUGCGGUCGGCUGCGUCUUGACGUAAUAUAUCAAGCAUGGGAUGUAGUGUUUCAUCACCAGAUGAUACACUGAAAAAAGAGUUGAAAAUACAACGCGCAUUUCGAGGUGUUUUAUCUGGUGAUGAAACACUGUGUCGAAUGCUUGAUAUUACUUCCCAAACAAAAUGAUUUUAAAGGGAGAAAUUAAGGAUGCAAAACUGAGCAGUUUUUCAUCUGAUUUCCAAACACUCAUUAAACAUUAAUUUUCUUUGCAUUUCCUUUAUGAAUUAUUAAUGAAUUUGAGAAAGAUAUUUAUCUAACUCUUUCAUUUCAGUUUUUAUCUUACAGGGCAAGGUAUCAUUUUAAUUUUUUCUUUUUUUAAAUAUUUAAGUUGGUUGACGACUUGCUACGAGGAUUCUCUAAGGAAAAUUUUGGUGAUCGAUAUGGAAACUAUUUUCCUGUUGUCCAUGGACGUACCCAAGAUGUAAAGUUGUUUACCCUGAUGAUAAGGCAACCUCGGUCCUUCCUGGCACGCCCAUUUAAGCACCAUAAGUACACAAUUCUUGCAGGAAUGGAAAAGUAUGUAGUUGAGAACGGGAAUGAAGAAUUUGAAGACUUGAAGAACAAAUUUGUUAAGAUAGAAGAUCCUGGAAUAACACUAGAUGAGGAGGAUGGUACAGGAGCUGCAAGGUAAAUUACAUCACUGUUACAUUACGCUAAAGAAUUUGUAUAGGUAAUAGCAUGAUUUGUAGUAAUAUUUGGCCUAAAUACCACGAGUGAUAUUUCAAAAUUGUUAUGCGUGAAAUUUGAGACAAUUUUGAAAUAUCCCGAGUGGUAUUUACCCACAAAAAGUUUUGUAAGGGCCUGUUUACAUGGAGGUGGGGGACCUCAGGUAGGUGAGGUAACCUGCUUAGGUGUGGUAACCCGCGUGUCCAUAUAAUCUCUCAUUUUAAUUUGGUCACGCGUUCACAUGAUAGGUGGGGUGACCCGCCAUUUGUUACCUCACCUACCUGGGCCCCACCUCCAUGUAAACAGGCCCUUAUUUUCACAUGUAGGUAUUUCGAAUUAAGCUGAAAUACCACUGCUCUAAGCCAAUCAAAUUACAGAAAUUUCUGAUGUAGUAUGAAUAAAAGUAAUAGCACGAUUUUCCAGUUACAGUUUUAUAUCAAUCAUUCAUCACAAGAAAUAUAAACGGGACAGAGAGGGAAUCUAGGGGCGUUGGUCAGGUUAUGUGAAUUUCACUCAAGUUAUUUCUAGGCGUUGUAGUUAAACGGAAGUGUAAUUCCUGAGACGUCCACACAUUUUAAUCGAUGGCUUGAAACGUCCUUCAGUGCCCCCCCAAAAAACAAUACCUAAUAUUUUAAUGGCGACUUUGAAUUCUCUCUUGAUAACACUGAAUAAACGUUUGAGGUUGUCGCCAGUAAACCAACUUUCGAUUAGUUUGGUCUCAAAAUAUUUCUUUGUGUGAAAUUUACAAAUCCUAGGGGCUACACUGGGCCUUUUUCCCUGUCUGUCCCAUUAUUGUUUUUGCUGUCUUUUUUAUAACGAUUUUCUAUCAGGACAACGCCCUCAAUACCUUUCAAAAUGUCAAACAUGGCAGUGAAAAAAGCAAUGGAACACAGGAGACGAUUUCUCAAAAUCUACUCAUUAAAAUUUUGUGACAUUUGGCAGAAAUUUUACUUUUAUCGUAUUUUAAAUAAUGAGAACUUUAAAAUGGAAGUUGAACAGACGAAUUUUGUGACACAUUUAGUAAUUACAGUACAAUUAUAUUAGUGAUUAUGUAAAAACCCGUCUGUUAAAAUUUGGUCAAAUAAAUUUCAAAUGGUAAUGAUUAAUUGUAGUAAGCUGUGUGCAAGUUUAUAGGUAAAUCUAAUGCGCGAAUUUUACGUAGUGACAUGAACACAACAUAUAUCAUGUUAAUUUUUAAAAAAUAAACUUGGGUCUGAGAUCAUUUCAAAACUAGUAACUUAACAGCGGAUAACUUCAAAAAAGCACUCGACCUCGAUGGGUUGACACCUGAACCCACAAUACGGUCAGGUGAUACGGAUCAGCGGAUACCUUGUUUUGACAGCUGUCAAUUGAUCCAUGGACAUUAUCCAUGAUUGAUCACAGCAUUGAU